AGAAGUACAAAGUAUUCUCAUUAAGAAGGAAGAAAAAGGUUUCCCCAAGGCUCCUCUCUGCUAAGCUAAAGCAAAUUCUAAGAUACAAUCUUUCCACCGCCCACCGCCUCCAAAUGGUUUCGCCGUCGUUAACUCCGCCGCCAAACCCUCAGCAAACACAACAAUUCCUUUCCUCCGUCCUAUCCCAGCGUGCUCCUUCCUCCCUCCCUUACACCGAAGACACCAAAUGGCUAAUCCGUCAGCACCUCCUUUCCCUUGUAUCCAAUUACCCUUCCCUCGAACCCAAAACCGCCACUUUCACUCACAACGACGGCCGGUCUAUCAACCUCCUCCAAGCCGACGGCACAAUCCCCAUGCCUUUCCAAGGCGUCACUUACAACAUCCCCAUCAUCAUCUGGCUCAUGGAGUCUUACCCUCGUUACGCUCCCGCCAUCUACGUCAAUCCCACGCGCGACAUGAUCAUCAAACGACCCCAUCCUAACGUUUCUCCCUCUGGGUUAGUCUCGAUCCCUUAUUUGCAUAAUUGGAUUUACCCAAGUUCUAAUCUUGUCGAUUUGGUCGGUAAUUUGAGCUCCGCUUUUUCGCGUGAUCCGCCGCUUUAUUCGCAACGUCGUCCCAAUCCUAAUCCUAGCCCUACUCCCAGCCCUAGCCCUUCAAUCAAUUCUUCCAUGUCAUCUAGUUAUGGGCACCCCCCGCCGCCGCCAGGGCCUAGGGUGGCUCAUUCGGCGGCAGGGACAUACCCGCCUUCACCAUAUGAGAGGGUUCAGCCUCCGCAGCACUUGCAAGCUCGUCCUACUUCGACGGAUGCUGCUGCCGAGGUUUAUAAGAGGAAUGCUAUGAAUAAGUUGGUGGAGAUGGUUCAUGGGGAUAUAAUUGGGUUGAGAAAAGCUAAGGAAGUUGAAAUGGAAGGGUUGUUUGCGGCUCAGGCGGUGUUGAGAAGGCGAGAGGAAGAGAUUAAUAAAGGGUUGAAAGAGAUGCAAGAUGAAAAGGAAGCUUUAGAACAACAAUUACAGUUUGUUUUGAUGAAUACGGAUGUGUUGGAUAGUUGGGUUAUAGAUAAUGAAGGGAAAACAAAGAACUUGGGGAAGAAUAACGUGGAUGUUGAUCAGGCAAUUUAUUGUGCCGAUCUUCUUUCUAAACAAAUGUUGGAUUGCACAGCUGCUGAUUUAGCUAUCGAGGAUGUGGUUUAUUCGAUGGAUAAGGCAGUGCAAGACGGGUCCGUUUCGUUUGAUCAGUAUCUGAGGAAUGUGAGGUUGUUGUCAAGGGAGCAGUUCUUUCAUAGGGCUACUGCUGUGAAAGUUAAGGAAGCUCAAAUGCAGGCUCAGGUAGCGAAUAUGGCUUCUAGAAUAUCACAUUUUGUCUCAUGAGUGGUUAUUGUUUUGUUUCAGAUUUGUGAAUAUAAAAGAUCAUGUUAUUCAAGGUCAGAUUCUAGUCAAGAUUUGAUAUAAUCGUGAUAUAGCUGCAUUACAUUUAGUUUUAUGGAUAUGUAUUCUUCAUACAGGACAUAGCGGUAUUGUAAUGUGAAUAAUGUGCUCAUGUAAUCGAUAUGUUGACACU